CUGCCACACUGGUCCUGGCUUACCUCAUGCUGCAUGAGCAGCUCUCCUUAAGGCAGGCAGUCCUUGCGAAACAGCAUCAAGUGUGCAGAGACAGGCGACUGGAAGCCAGCAGUCCACGUUGUCCGCCAGAGACGAUUACAGCCUGGGCAGGAUCUCCUCACAGGAUGGACUCACUGCAGAAGCAGGACCUUCGGAGGCCAAAGAUUCAUGGGGCAGUCCAGGUGUCCUCCUACCAGCCACCCACGCUGGCCUCGCUGCAGCGAUUGCUGUGGGUCCGUCGGAACGCCACACUGACCCACAUCAAUGAAGUCUGGCCCAACCUUUUCUUGGGAGAUGCGUAUGCUGCACGAGACAAGAAUCGUCUUAUCCAACUGGGCAUCACCCAUGUUGUGAAUGUCGCUGCGGGCAAGUUUCAGGUGGACACCGGUGCCAAGUUUUAUCGCGGAACACCUCUGGAGUACUAUGGCAUUGAAGCUGAUGAUAAUCCCUUCUUUGACCUCAGUGUCUACUUUCUGCCUGUUGCUCGAUACAUCAGAGAUGCCCUCAACACUCCCCAAAACCGCGUGCUGGUGCACUGCGCCAUGGGGGUAAGCCGCUCAGCCACGGUUGUCCUGGCCUUCCUCAUGAUCUGCGAGAACAUGACGCUGGUCGAUGCCAUCCAGACGGUGCAGGCCCACCGAGAUAUCUGCCCCAACUCGGGCUUUCUCCGACAACUCCAGGUUCUGGACAACAGGCUGAGGCAGGAAACGGGGCGGCUCUGACUCAGGGGGCGCCUGAAGCCCUGACCCCUCCAUCCAGCGUGGUCCAACCUGACAUGCCUGGCCCCGGGGAUGACAGUCUCUGCUGUUUCCAGAGACCCUGAUAUGUUACCAUCAAGUCAGGGCUCCACUGAGGCAGAGGCAGGGCUGGCUGGGUGGCACUUUCACCAGGUGGAGUCCCUGACCCAAUACAGAAAUUCUUUAUGCCGAAGAAAAUUCAGUCUGUC